AUGUCGUCCGACGACGAACAACCACCAAAAGAACUUCUGCAACCAAUUCAUCAUUUUGAAACUUUCCUUCCUACUCGUUUCACCUCAUCUAUGGCUUCUAAUACUUCAACUGUUCCUGCAAAACCAUCUCAAAUUACCUUCUCCUCUCGGGAUGAAGAAAUGACAUACACACGUAAACUUCUUGAGCAUUGUACAACAUUUGAUGGAGAUCAGGAUAAGUUAGUCGAUUGGUUAAAGGAAACUGGAUCUUAUCUCACCAAGGAAGGUUUACCUGAAACUGAUCAUCCCUUUAUUAUUCGUCAUUUAUUAACAGAUGAAGCUCUCGAUUAUUAUCAAGCCCAUGAAGAUCUUAUCUUUAAUUUCUAUGAUCUUCGAAAAUUAUUUCUACAUAAAUACAAGCUCCUUGCUCCCCUUCGCACUGUUACUAGUUUGGAUUCUAUUAGUACUUUAUCUCUAAGUGCUAUACCUUCCGUAUUUACCUCUACUCAUCUUCCAGCUACCUCAACAACAACACCCACUACUGCUCCUACUGAUCCACCACCUACUCAAACAACUUUUACUUUCUGUCAAUCGCUUGAUGAUCUUACUCAAAAUGAUAUUCGGAAAACUAUUAUUGAAGAUUUACAACGUAAUACUCCGAAAUUCACGGGAGAUCAUCGACAAGAUGUUCUUAAAUGGUUGAAGAAUGUGACUAACAAAUUUGAUAUUGCUGGUAUACCUGAUGUCAAACGAUUCGAAUUUAUCUCACAAUUACUUGGCAGAGGAGCAUUGGAUUGGUUCUAUGACCAUAAAUCUAACUUUCAUCAUUCAUGGUCUGAUUUUGUGGUUGAAUUCAAACGUACCUUUGAUUCUCCCAAUCGUGCUCGAAUCGCAAUGCAAAAAUUACAUUCAUAUACUCAGUCUCCACAACAAGAUAUUCGUAGUUUCUGUAGUGAAAUGCGUAAGCUUUUUCUUGAAGCUGAUCCUCAAAUGAGUUCCACCAUGAAAUUGGAACUACUUUUAGCUAAAGUACUUCCCAGUUAUCGUCUCGAUUUAUUAAAACAGAAACCUAAAGAUUCGGAUGCAUUUGAACUUAUGGCCAAGGAUCUCGAAAGUACUUAUCUUGUUCUCGAAGCGAUUGAACAGAAUGUUCCACGUACUUCUUCAGUUGUUGCCUCAUCAACUUCUUCACCAGCUAGUGGUGGUGCCCCUUCAUCACUUUCACGUCCUCAAGCAGCUUCAUCUUAUCCUUCUCCACGGAUUCCUUUCCGUCCGUUUACUGGACCACGUUCUGUUAUGCCUACUUCCUCCACUGCGGGUAAUUUUCGUUCAUUUGGUCCAUCAUCUUCCGGCUUUGCUCGUCAACCUUUCUCUCCUCGUUAUGGUCGUGGUUAUGCUAAUUCUCAUCCAUCUACACGUCCACAACAGCUUUUUACCUAUCAAUCUUCGGACGCUUCAUCGUUUCUUCCUCAGGCUCCGGUCUCUUCCUCUACAUCUUUUCAAUCUCUCAAUACUUCAUCUGCAUCUGUCUCACCAUCUGGUGGUGCUACCUCUCCACCUCCACUUAUGGCUUUACCCAAUUCCAGUGUUCCAUUCCAACAACACCAGCAACACUCACCUCCUGCAACUUUCUCUGAUACGUCUAUUCCUUCUUGCCACCGUUGUUUUGGUCGUGGUCAUACUGUUACUGAAACUUCCAUUACACCAACUGCUGAUGCUAUUCAAGAUCUUUUGGCUUUGCCUGAACCUCGUACUCUUAAACAAGCUAACAAAUUUUUGGGUGGUCUCGCCUAUUAUCGGAAAUUUGUUCCUGGCUUUGCCGAUGUUGCUGCUCCGAUUCAUCAAGUGACCAAUUUAACUACCUCUCGUCGUCAUCUUUUUCAAUGGACUGCUGCGCAAUCUGCUGCCUUUCACGCUCUUAAACGAUUAUUAACUACAUCUCCCCUCUUUCUUCGAUUUCCGAUUGAUGGCUUUCCUCUUCACUUGGCUACGGAUGCUAGUGGUGUUGCUACCGGUGGCGUUUUAUAUCAAGAUGUUGAUGGCCACCGUCGCAAUCUCUUUUAUCAUUCUAAACUUUUAUCUGCCGUUGAGCAAAAAUACUCCGUUCCGGAAAAAGAAGCCUUAGCGAUUUUUCUUUGUCUUCAACGAAUGCGACCUUUGAUUCUUGGCCGCGCAGUUCAUAUUCAUACUGAUCAUUGUCCCAUAUGUGGUAUGCUUCAGAAACCCGUGAAUAAUCGUCGCAUUGAACGUGUGGCUAAUUUAAUUCAGGAAUAUCAAAUUGCAGAAAUGAUCCAUAUCGACGGCAAAGCAAAUUGUCUUGCUGAUUUUCUUUCUCGCCCGUUUGAUGAUCCGCUUUUUGAUGUCCCCUAUGGUCUUGAAAGUAAAUUCCCUCUUAAUCAUAUUUCUUCGUGUCUCCGUGAUCAUGGUCUUUCUACUAUGACUCUUCGCCCUCGACGUCCCGCACAGUUACCACCCCGUCCUGUUAUCCUUACAUCUGCAUCUGCAACCUCGCUUUCUGCUUCCGAUGCGUCGAUUUCCGACGCUGAUUCCACUUCCAUAUCAUCUGCUUCUUCGGUUUCCUCGUCUUCUUCUUCAACCCUUGCAACUACACCAUCUCCUAAUGGUUUUGAUUCUACCAGUUUAGUUGUUGCUCAACACGCUGAUCCUGUUCUUCGUGCUAUUAUUGAACAACUUGCUAAUCCAACUGCUCCAGCUACUCUAACGUCUUCUUUUAUCCUUAAAAAUGAUGUUUUGCAUAAACUCUUACCGGUUUCAUCAUCAUCUCCUCGUGAUUCUGCCGUACCAUAUCUGCCCUCUUCGAUGGUUAAAUCUCUUCUUAUUGCUACACAUGAUGAUCCAUAUCAAGGUGGACAUUUUUCUACGGACAAAAUGUUUUCAAAACUUAAAUACCGCUAUUGGUGGCCUAGUAUGCGUCGUAGUAUUCGACGCCAUGUACAGGCUUGUACUCUAUGCCAGCAAUUUAAUAUUACUCGUAAGAAACCCGCUGGUCAUCUUCAUCCUGUUCCACCAACUGCUGUUCCUUUCUCGGUUAUUGGGAUGGAUUAUUGUGGACCAUUUGUCACUUCUUCGAAUGAGAAUAAGUAUGUUCUUGUAGUCACUGAUUUAUUUAGUCGCUUCGUCACUGCUAUUCCACUUCCUUCGAAUACUGCUAAUGUUACUGCUCUUACUCUUUUUCGUUAUAUCUUCUGUAAGUAUGGUGUUUGCUCAACACUUAUUACGGAUCAAGGCACUCACUUUAAUAAUCAACUCAUGCGUGCGUUCCAACAUCUUCUGGGAUAUCAUCACAUUCUUUCUACACCAUACCAUCCGCAAUCGAAUGGUAUUGUGGAGCGAUUCAAUGCAUCUAUGGUUGUUCAACUCUCGAAACUUCAACAACAACAUCACAACAACUGGGACGACUAUAUUGAUCCAAUCGUUUUCGCUUACAACACCUCUACCCAUAAAACCACAAAAUUUUCUCCGUUCGAAUUAUUAUUUGGGCGUGCAGCUCAACUUCCCAUCGAUAAUCCCCCUCGUUCAUUCGUUUUCGAUCGCCCUAAUAAUUAUUUCGUUUACCUUCAAAAGCUUCUCCAUAUCUAUCAUCAACAAGCUGAAGCGCAUAUUCUAGCUCAACAAUCCUCCACUAAACUUCGUUAUGAUCGUGGUCGUGCUGAUCCUCGUUUUGUUGUGGGAGAUCGGGUUUUUACUAGAAUAUUUGCACCUCGCACUAAACUUGAUGCUCGUUAUUCCGCGGAUCCUCAGAUUGUUGUGCACGUGGAUCAUCCUACAUAUAUCGUUCGCAAUCUUUCUACUGGACUUGAACGUUCAUAUCAUGUUUCAACUCUUCGUUCGAUUCUUCUUGAUUCAGCGAAUGAGUCGCAAUCUUAA